AUAUUUUCUACCAUCCCUAAUGCAAGCCGAAGCCGUCAAAUUGCGCUAAUUUUGGGUAAAAAUUUUCCAGUUUUGUGGAAAAAACGCAAAGUUGCAAAUAGUUUUGGCUGUUUAGGACAGCAAACUCGAAUCGAAGACGCAAGCAGCGUGUACAUCGGAGAUAGAAGCAGAAAGACAAAAAGGAGAAACAGCAAUACAUUUCGCAAAAACGACAAGCAAGAGGUGCAAAGCACACAAUGUCCGGAAUUGCAAUAACACGAUUGGGCGAGGAGCGUAAGGCUUGGCGAAAGGAUCAUCCAUUUGGCUUUGUGGCCCGACCGGCUAAAAAUCCUGAUGGCACAUUAAACCUCAUGAUCUGGGAGUGCGCUAUUCCCGGAAAGAAAUCGACACCCUGGGAGGGCGGCUUGUACAAGCUGCGCAUGAUCUUUAAAGAUGAUUAUCCAACCUCUCCACCAAAAUGUAAAUUUGAACCGCCACUUUUCCAUCCCAAUGUGUAUCCAUCGGGUACCGUAUGCCUCUCGCUGCUGGACGAGGAGAAAGACUGGCGUCCUGCCAUUACAAUCAAACAGAUUUUGUUGGGCAUUCAAGACUUGUUAAACGAGCCAAACAUCAAGGAUCCUGCCCAAGCGGAGGCAUACACCAUUUAUUGUCAGAAUCGAUUGGAGUACGAGAAGCGAGUACGUGCACAGGCGCGUGCCAUGGCUGCCACUGAAUAGAGUGUAAUACAGAAGAAGAAGAAAACAGGCACUAUCAGAGAAUACCGCUACUCUCUAAGAAAGCACACAGACACACAAAUCAACGUUAAUAAUGGGCAGGCAGUCAAGUGAUCAUCUAACACACACACACAUAUAUACACACACACACACACACAAACCAACAUUUAGGAACGAGGCAUUUUCGUGAAUGCCUCUUCUAAUUACAAAACAUUUUAAUAUCUCUAAGCUGAUUUAAAAAUAAUAAAAA